UAAACUAAUCCCUGAAAAUUACAUCUCUUAUUCUCUCCUACACUUCUCUCAAUUAAUUAUCCACAGGCAAUCAAAUUUGUUUUCACUAGGAAUUCAUCAAAUUUAUAGCAGCAUUAAACAUGAGUCUCAAUUGCCUUAAUUGCCAAGCCAUGAUAAGGACAGAUUCAGACAAGGAUCUUAGAGAAUUUCUAUCCAUUAAUAUGGAGAAACCACAUUUGAGCCUGUGGUUGGCAAACCGGCUGCCUCAUGAUCAUGCCGUAAAGAAGUCGCCUCAUCUUGUUCAUAUGACUGGACCCAUUGCUGGUUUUGAUGGUGAAACCGGCAUGCCGAGGUUGGCGAGAAGUAGUGGGAUGAGAAGAGAUUGGAGCUUUGAGGAUCCGCGACAAAGAAUCAAUGGAUGAUUAUCACACAAUUUUUGUUUGCUUGGUAAGGACAACUAAAUAGAAAUAAAAGAAUGAGAGAAUGUUAAAAUUUCGUUUAUUAUAAUGUCCAAUCAUAUUUAGUACUAUUUACUUUCUGUAAAAUUUGUGUCCAUAGAAUAUUUCUGUAAAAAUUGCUUGUUGAUUUGUUCAUCUGGUUUGUUUGAAAAAGAUUAAGUUGUAUUUGUGGGAUAUUUGUUGUUUGGUCUCCU